AUGUACGGAGCUCAUCCCAAAACUCCGGCACCGGCCCGGUCACUGCCAUGAGAACCUCCCCACCCGGACGCCUGGAUAGGCCGUCGGCCACCACAUUGGUGGGUCCUGGUCUGUAAUGAAUCUCGUAGUCAUACCCCAGUAGCUUCGCAAUCCACUUAUGCUGGUCCGGCGUCGACACCCUCUGCUCUAGGAGAUGCUUCAGACUCUGAUGAUCUGUAUAGAUGUGAAACUUCUGGCCCAGCAAAUAUGGUCUCCACAUCUGUACUGCUGUGAUAAUAGCCUGCAUCUCCUUCUGAUAUGUCGACCAGGCCUCCUUCGAAGGAGGUAGUGUCUU